AUGGUGUUUCGCUUUACGGAGGAUCACGACAAAGAACUCAUGAGAGAGGCGAUCGCCCAAAAGCCAUUUGCAGCAAAGUACGGGGAGGCUGGGCUAGCGUUGCGUUGCAUGUUUCAAGGAACUGGUCUUAGAGAAGCAAGAAGCGGAAUCGAGGAAACACUUGAAGCCGUCAACGAGCAGAGCCACUACGAAACAUUGGCUGGGUUGGUGGGGCAGUAUGUACAGCUCGAGAACGCUGCCAUAGACGAUAAAAUGGAUCCCAUCAACAAGAAGAAGGCUGACGAGGCUAGCGCGACGCGCUGUGCGUCUGAAAUUGUAAAUGAGGCGCUGGUGCGUCGUGCUCUUCGUCAGGAUGACAUCGAUUCUGACGGCGAUUCCUCCGCGAGCGACGACACUAACUACGCUUCUUCUUCCAAGUCAACCCCGUCGAAAGCCCACGGUAAGCGCAAGAGUGCAUUUCAACUGGAAGCUGAGCGUCAAGAUAAGCGGAUACGCGAUGAUAUGGAGCUUCGCCGUCUUCAAUUUGAUCGGCUGAUGCAGGCACAGCUCCAACAACACCAGGAUCGCAUCAAUUUAGAGCGUGCGAUGCAUGAGCACGCAGUGCAAAUGGAACGUACUAGAGCCCUGGUGCAAUCUCAAGCGGAAGAACGGAUGCAAAGGGCUCAACAUGAGUCUGAGGAGCGCAACCGACAACUCAUAUUGGAAUGA